AUGUUACGCUGCGCACAAUCCACCGCCUCGUCGCCUGAGAAAUGCACGGUCAUGGGCAUGGACAUCGACAUGAGCGUCCUCGAAAGACAAAGGGCUGUCUUACAACGCCUUUAUCAGCAGCAACAACUACAAUCUUUGCAACCUCAAGAAGCAAACAUGAAUCCUUUGUUUCACCAAAAUAUGUCGAAUAUGCUGCUGGAGAAAUAUCAGCAAUGUUUGGAUGAAACCAAUUUGCCUAGUUUUCCUAUGUAUGGAAGAGGAUUUGCCUGUCCUGAACGCACAAGCGGUUCCCAUUCAGCCGUUUCUAAUAACUCUUCAAUGACAAAACACGAUCAUCAGAUCAGUAGCAGCGCGUUAAAAAGAGAUCGAACUGUCUCCAAUACUACUAGAAAACGAAAAGCAGAGUUUGAUGUUGAAGAGGAUUGUAAGGACAAAGGGACUGAAAGAGAAGCAGGAGAGGUUCAAUCAGAGAUCACGGUGAAAACUGACAGGGAAACUUCAACUAAUAAUUCUUCAAAGGAGAGCGUUCAAAAGCCCGACUAUAUCCACGUCAGGGCACGUCGUGGACAGGCCACUGAUAGCCACAGCUUAGCCGAAAGAGCAAGGAGGGAGAAAAUCAGCAAGAAAAUGAAGUAUCUGCAGGAUUUAGUCCCUGGCUGCAACAAAGUGACUGGCAAGGCUGGAAUGCUUGAUGAAAUCAUCAACUAUGUUCAGUCAUUACAAAAACAAGUCGAGUUCCUGUCGAUGAAAUUGGCUACUUUAAAUCCGAGGCUCGACUUCAGCAUCGAUGACUUCUUUACAAAAGAGAUUCCUGCAUACAUUGCCAGUUUUCCGACGCAAUUACAAGUCCCGAAUCCAUCAAGCUUACAGUAUAAUCAACUGCAACAAGGAGCCUUAAGUUGUGGGGUUGACAUAGCAAUGAAUCCAUCUCAAUUGUUGCCUCAAAAAGAAGGAAACUCUUCUGUGCCUAUUACAGAAGUAUAUCAUGAUUCUUCUUCAGGACAUCAAGCACAGAUGCUGCCAACUUGGGAUUCUGAAUGGCAAAAUCUUUUCAAUGGUGGCUUUCAUUAG